AUGGCAGACGACAUGUCGGCGGCCCCGGCCUCUGCCAGCCUGAGCAAUAGUGUGGGCGCACAACCCAAGAAAGUCGCAUACUUCUACGACUCGGAUGUGGGCAACUAUGCCUACGUUGCAGGCCAUCCCAUGAAGCCUCAUCGCAUACGCAUGGCGCAUAGUCUUAUUAUGAACUAUGGCCUUUACAGCAAGAUGGAGAUCUACCGCGCAAAACCCGCCUCCAAGUACGAAAUGACGCAGUUCCACACAGACGAGUACAUAGAGUUUCUGCACAAGGUCACUCCAGACAACAUGGACAACUUCACCAAGGAGCAGAGCAAAUACAACGUCGGAGACGAUUGUCCCGUCUUUGACGGCCUCUUCGAGUUCUGCGGCAUCAGCGCCGGAGGUACCAUGGAGGGCGCGGCGCGUCUGAACCGCGGCAAAUGCGACGUCGCAGUCAACUGGGCGGGCGGACUGCAUCACGCAAAAAAGAGCGAAGCUAGUGGUUUCUGCUAUGUCAACGACAUUGUCCUUGGCAUCAUCGAGCUUCUGCGGUACAAGCAGCGCGUCCUGUACAUCGAUAUCGACGUGCACCAUGGAGAUGGUGUGGAGGAGGCUUUCUACACGACCGAUCGUGUCAUGACUGUAUCCUUCCACAAGUACGGCGAGUACUUCCCCGGUACCGGUGAACUGCGCGACAUUGGUGUUGGCACUGGCAAGAACUAUUCUGUCAACUUCCCUCUGCGCGACGGCAUAACAGACGAGACCUACCGCAACAUCUUCGAGCCAGUCAUCGAGGCGGUCAUGACCCACUACGGCCCAGAAGCCAUUGUGCUCCAGUGCGGAGGCGACAGUCUCUCGGGCGACCGACUUGGAUGCUUCAACUUGAGCAUGGACGGCCAUGCCAACUGCGUUCGCUACGUCAAGAGCUUCGGCGUGCCUGUCAUCAUCUUGGGUGGUGGUGGUUACACCAUGCGCAACGUUGCCCGCACCUGGGCAUACGAGACGGGUGAGCUUGUAGGGGAGAAGAUGUCCAAGCAGCUUCCCUUCAAUGACUACUACGAGUACUUUGCGCCUGACUACGAGCUGGAUGUUCGGCCAUCAAACAUGGAGAACGCCAACUCGCACGACUAUCUCCACAAGAUCAAGUCUACUGUGAUUGAGAACAUUCGAAGAACAGGCAGGCCCUCGGUAGAAGCCUUCACCAACAUUCCUAAUGCAUUGCCUCGGAUGGCAGACUCAGAUGGUGAAGACGAGGACGACGACCUCGACGCUGACAUGAACCCGGAUGUGAGAAUGACUCAGCGUCAGCGAGACGAACACAUCGAGCGCGAUGGCGAGCUGUACGACGAAAGCGACGACGAAGAGUACAAGAACAGUCUCGGUGUACGCGCUCAGCCAGGCGUUAAGAAGCGGAGAAACAUCAGCGACUUCCCCAAUCCAAAUGCUGCACCCGCUCAGGACAUCGACGCGCUCAAUGGCAUGGAGGAGAUCAAUGGGGAUAGCGCUGUAUCGACAAGACAGCCUUCGGCCGCUCCAGCGUCUCGUACACAGACACCUGCCGUGGCAGAGCAAGGGGCUGACGAUGAUGGUGAUGUUGAUAUGGACGAGGCAGAGGUACCCGCCGCUACUGCAACCUCAACUCGCUCUCAAUCACCUGCCGGUGUGGUCACACCCCCUGACUCACCACCAGCCGCGACCGCUGCACCAGCAUUAGCUCCAACAUCAGCACCCACGGCAGACGUCUCAAUGGAGGGCGUUGACGAGGACACCAAGGAAGCCAUCGCCGACGCGAAAGAGGAGGGUGAAGCGGAGCGCGACACUAAGAACGUCAACGGUGAAGUGCGCACAGAAGUUGCUAAGGAUUAG